AAACAUCGACUCAUUCGAGAAUAUGACGGACCCCAUGAAGCCUCUGGAUGCUGCGCCGCGUUCUGACCUUGACAACACCAGCGCACCGUCGCCUGUGUCUCAUCGGCGAUUUGCCAUUGCAGGAAUUCUCACGACGGUAUUCGGUCUCGAAGAAUUACCAUCAGAAGCGGCUGAGGUUGCCUGUCUUUGGUUACUACAUCCAAGACUAGCUACCCAAGAACGAAUGACUAGUAUCGCGACGGCAGUCAUCGCCGACUGGAAUUCCAAGAACCAGGGCGCUUGCUCCAAUUCAAGUCGCCCUGUGAAAGGCCUGAUUGCCGUAGCGUUCGACCAAAGAAACCAUGGGACGAGGCUGGUUGAUCCCUUAGCCAAUGAAGCUUGGAAACAAGGAAACCCUCGUCAUGCCCAAGACAUGUUCUCGAUCUUUCAGGGCACUGCCCGUGAUGUGUCUCUCUUGAUUGACUAUAUCCCAUCUUUUGUCUUCCCCAGAUCAGAACGCAAGGUAUCUGAUAACUUAGUUCUGGGUGUUUCUCUAGGCGGACACGCUGCCUGGAGCUGCAUCCUGCAUGAGCCCCGCAUAAGUGCGGGCGUUGUCAUCAUUGGUUGCCCGGAUUAUGUGAAUCUCAUGGCCGAUCGCGCAAGAUUGUCCAGGCUGCCGUCCUGGACAGAUAGCGAAGCUCCUGGCUCCAAUUUCUUGGGCUCUGAGGAUUUUCCGGGCUCAUUGCUCGAUGCCGUUCGAAAAUACGACCCCGCGAGCUUGUUCUUGAGCCAAAUGGACUCAACGUUGAUACCAAGUGCUCUCCGCAGCGAGUCCUUGCCGGCUCCCACUGAAAGUGAGAAGGUCUCCCUACGCCCUUUACUCGAUCGUUGUUUAGCAGGGAAGAGAAUCCUAAACCUAUCGGGCGGGAUGGAUAAAUUGGUACCCUACCAUCGAGGAAGCGCAUUUUUGACUUGGUUGAAACAAGCAAUCUCAUCCAGUGGGUGGUUUGCUGAUGGGUUGGUCACCCUGGAAGACAUUAUCGAUGAGCACGCUGGACACGAGGUGACUCCCCAAAUGGUCAACGAAGCGGUCCGGUUCAUUCGUGAGACACUCGAGACCAAUAGUGCGUGUCUUAGGACGGGUUCCGUUCGAGAGGCUAAGAUGUAGACAUGCCACAAGAUGAUCGAAUACAAUUAUAUAUAUUGC